AAAGGAAAUACUGCUGGUUUAUAAUGUCGCGGAAAAAGCUAUUUCUAGGGGAACGCAAUCAAUAAAAUUUGUUCUGGUCCGUCAGUGACACACUGUUCAGUCACUCCCCAAAAUGAUUUCUUCAGCUGUGUCGAGAUUAUCCAAUCUUCAUGGACAUCUUCACCCUUCAGACUCAAUCACCAAAGUUGAUGGAUUGCUGAAGGUAUCUCCAGAGGUUUCUGAAGCUUUAUCAUGUGGGCAUGCUGUUGUUGCGUUAGAAUCCACUAUUAUUUCCCAUGGUAUGCCAUAUCCCAAAAAUUUGGAGACUGCAAAAGAGGUGGAGGCAAUUGUGAGGAAGAAUGGAGCAGUUCCUGCUACAGUCGCAAUUUUAGAUGGCAUACCAUGCAUAGGCUUAAGCAUGGAAGAUCUAGAGAGACUUGCUACUCUAGGACCUAGAGCAAAAAAGACUGCUCGAAGGGACAUUGCUUAUGUUGUGGCCACCAGAGGGAAUGGUGCGACUACUGUUUCUGCAACCAUGUAUUUUGCUUCUAUGGUAGGCAUAUCUGUGUUUGUCACAGGAGGAAUUGGAGGAGUUCAUAGACACGGAGAACACACAAUGGAUGUAUCCUCUGAUCUCACCGAGCUCGGCAGGACACCGGUUGCUGUUAUCUCUGCUGGAGUGAAAUCUAUAUUGGAUAUUCCCAGGACCCUUGAGUAUUUGGAAACUCAAGGAGUUUGUGUUGCUACCUACCAAACCAAUGAAUUUCCUGCUUUUUUCACAGAAACCAGUGGCUGUAAGGCACCUUGUCGUGUAGACUCUCCAGAGGACUGCGCUCGGCUGAUAGAUGCUAAUAUGAAGCUUAAACUUGGGAAUGGAAUUCUGAUUGCUGUUCCAAUCCCAAAAGAACAUUCGGCUUCUGGAAACUUGAUCGAGUCGGCCAUACAAAGUGCCCUUAGGGAAGCCAGGGAUAAGAAUAUAACAGGCAAUGCUGAAACCCCCUUCUUGCUUGCCAGAGUGAAUGAAGUAACUGGAGGUGUCUCACUGGCAUCGAAUAUCGCUCUUGUAAAAAACAAUGCUCUUCUUGGUGCAAAGAUUGCAGUAGCCCUUGCUCAGCUCAGAGAAGGAUUGAUAAAGACAGAUAAUUCUGAUUCUGAGUGAGGGUUCAUCAUGCAACCAAUCAUCUGGCAGGCUGGGCUCCUUUUCUUAGAUCAUCCCCCUUCUUGCUCCAGCUCUAAAGACAAGGAUUGAUCAACGAUUAUCCAUGGCCAUGAGUUCUUACAUUAGCGGCAACAACCUGGUGGAUGGAGUUUUCUUGAAGUUGAACGUUGCAUUCCUCAGAAUGUAGUUUCAUCUACAUCACCCUUGUUACCAGACACCUUUAGUUGUCAAGUUUUUGUUUGUUUACACCCUCGAAACCGCCUGCAACUUGUCAUUGACCUUGGAGUCCUAUCAUUUGGUAUAUAUAUAUAUAUAUAUAAUUUGAUUAUUUAA